CAACUUGGGGGUAACCUAGAAUAGUAUAAAAGUUACCGCGCACCACCAAACCGUAUCACUUGCUGUAGUGGAUUUUAUAUAACAUAAUGGCAGCCAAGUUUGUAGUAUUCCUGUGCGCAGUAGCGGCCGCCAAAGCCGGAGGGCUUUACGGCUCACCUUACGCCGCAUCGUACGCCUCGCCGUACGCCUCGCUCGCUUCGUACGGUGCGCCAGCUUUAUCGCCGUACGCCGCCGCCCCCCUGGCGUCUUACGCCGCGCCCGUAGCCACAUACGCCGCUUCUCCGGUUAUCAAGAGCUACGCUGCGCCAGCGCUACAAGCCUACUCCGCGCCGAUUGUGAAAGCCGUUGCUCCCGCUGUGUCAUCUGUGUCAUCGUACACCACUCAUACUGCUCAUGCCGCGCCGGUGUAUGCUAAGGCGGUAGCACCUGUUGCUUCUUACGCCACUGCGCCUGUAGCGACUUACGCCGCGCCCGCUCCCAUCGCCUACUCCGCGCCUGCUCCCGUCGCCUACUCCGCGCCUGCUCCCGUCGCCUACUCCGCGCCAGCUUACGCUCACGCUGCCCCUCUAAGCUACGCCUCAGCACCCCUGGCGUCUUACGCCCCAGCCUCGUUUGCUGCGUACUCCUCCCCGCUGGUGAAAUCAGCCGUGGCAUACUCAGCAGCUCCCGCGGUCUCCCACGUGGCAUACAACGGUUUGGCCAAUUAUGGCUGGUAUACACGUAUAAAAGCGAAAGCAAGUGCUCCGAAAAAGUAUUCUGACAAGAACACUCAUACAAACAUGUACGCCAAGAUCGUUGUUGUCCUGUGCGCCGCGGGCAUCGCCUCCGCCGGCAACCUGCUGCACGCCGCGGCUCCCGUAGCGUACGCCGCACCCGUCUCCUCGGUGUCAUACGCCACGCACACGGCGCACGGCUCCCCCGUCGCCACGUACGCUGCUGCCCCCGUCGCGUCAUACGCUGCGGCUCCCGUCGCGUCCUACGCCGCCGCCCCCGUUGCCACAUACGCCGCCGCCCCCGUUUACAAAUCCGUCGCUCCUGCCGUCUCCUACCAGAGCAUCUCAACCCACUCCGCUCCCGUCGCGUACGCCGCUCCCGCUGUAGCGACUUACGCCGCCACCCCAGUUGUACACAAGACCAUCACCCCUGUGGCCACUUAUUCCGCUGCCCCGGUUGUGCACAAGAGCAUCGCCGCACCCGCCUACUCUGCUUACCACUCUGCCCCCGUGGCUUACGCUCCCGCUCCCGCCGUGCACGCCUACCAGGCUGCCCCCGUAGCCACUUACGCCGCCGCCGCUCCCGUAGUCAAGACCGCUGUCACCUACUCCGCUGCCCCAGCUGUCUCCCAUGUCUCUUACUCCAGCGCCUACGGUAACUACGGCUGGUAAACUAAGUUAAAACUGGUUGCGUUUUAUUAUUUAUUUUUUCAGUUUUAUACCUUCUGUAAAUAUGCAAAUAUAAAAAGUGAAAAAUAUUUAUUUUUUAUUAAUUUACCGCCCAAUAUGUAU